GAACACAACUGCAUCAAAACACAGGCCCGCUAUUGUCCCAGUAGCCAACUGAGGGGGGUAGAGAGAGAAAUAGAAACGUGGAAAAAGAAGAUGUAGAACCACACUAUGAUUUUAUAAAACGAGCCAUGAUUCACAUAGCGCUUGGAUAUUACGUAACUACAAUUUUGUAAAAUUGCAUAGAAUAAACUCAGCUUUGCUGGAAACAUACUGUAUAGUUAGUAUCCUGCUUGGCUUGUAGAAAAUAUUUGUUUUCCAGUGGCUUCACUGUAAAACACACACAAAAAAAGAUUGUCAGCUUCUUUUUCUUCAUUCCUUUCAAUAAGUAACAGCUGAGUGUGGCCCUAAAUUUGUACCACCUAAAGCAGACAGGCUCAGGAGAACAGUAGCUCUUUUCUGAAUAAUAACACUCUUUCUUACCUUAAUGCUUCCUAGAGGCUCAUAAGGAAGGUGAGUAACAUGGGAGUUGAUUGCCAAAGAGAAAAAAAAAACACCCCCUUUUGCAUUUCUCCCAAUAGAUAUAUUAAUUGUUCCCCCUCCUGCAUCUUAACCCAAUCCCCAAGGCGAUGGAGUCAUUGUCUGCUAAUACUGACAUUGCAUCCAGAGACUGACAGUAGUUUACAGUGUGCAUCCUCCCACAUUCCUGUAGCUGGAGUGCUGGAAAGAUGAGCCCGUAUCCUGCUCACUCACGGAUACAGGAGCAGAUUGCAUGUGUUCAUUGGAGAGACUGGGUGGCAAACCCUCCCCAGGAGAUGCGUGCCCCCAGCUUGAGGUCACCCUAGUCGUCGAUGAGGUCAACAUUCAGUGUCAGAGGUUCGAUUGAAGCGGUUGGAGGGAGACCACUGGGGUUGUUCUGACAGAACACUGAGCUGACAUGUAACUAUGCGCUUGUGUACAUGUGUUUGUGAAUCGUCUCUAUAGGCAGCGCAGAGUGGCGGACACAAGACUCUGCUGUACGGACACGCCAUCCUCCUGCGGCAUUCCUUCAGCUCUAUGUACCUGGCCUGUUUGAAGACAUCAAGGUCACAGACAGAUAAGCUUUCCUUUGAUGUCGGCCUGCAGGAGGAUUCAACAGGUGAGGCUUGCUGGUGGACAAUCCAUCCAGCCUCCAAGCAGAGAUCAGAGGGAGAGAAAGUACGCAUCGGCGAUGACCUCAUCCUCGUCAGCGUGUCCUCAGAGCGAUACCUUCAUUUAUCCAUCUCAAGUGGCAACAUCCAGGUGGAUGCUUCCUUCAUGCAGACUCUGUGGAACGUCCAUCCCAUCUGCUCUGGUAGCAACAUAGAAGAAGGCUACCUGUUAGGUGGUCACGUGAUGCGGCUGUUCCACGGACACGACGAGGUUGUUACAAUCCCGGGAUCAGACCAGAGUGAAGAGCAGCAGAGGAUAGUCAACUAUGAGACGGGUAAAGCUGGUGCCAAGGCGAGGUCCUUGUGGAGGCUGGAGCCACUCCGAAUCAGCUGGAGCGGGAGCCACAUCCGCUGGGGUCAGCCCUUCCGGCUACGGCACCUGACCACCGGUCACUACCUGGCUCUAACGGAGGACAGGGGGCUGGUGCUUCAGGAUCGGGAGAGGUCUGACACCGUUGCAACGGCCUUCUGCUUCAGAGCCUCUAAGGAGAAGCUGGAGCAGAGCCCCAAGCGUGACAUCGAGGGAAUGGGAGUGGCUGAGAUUAAAUACGGGGACUCGAUCUGCUUCAUCAUGCACGUGGCCGCGGGUCUCUGGCUCUCGUACCAGGCGCCCGAUGUCAAAUCUGCUCGUCUGGGUCCCCUCAAGAGAAGAGCAUGCCUGCAUUCUGAAGGUCACAUGGAUGACGGAUUGACCCUCCAGCGCUGUCAGCACGAGGAGUCCCGCGCCGCGCGCAUCAUCCGCAACACCACGCUUCUCUUUAAGCGAUUCAUCAGAGACCUGGAUUGUCUGGGUGUUAAGAACAGGGCACUGGUCGCUCUGCCCGUGGAGGAGGUGCUCCAAACCCUUAAUGACCUCAUCACUUAUUUCCAGCUCCCCGAUGCUGAGCUGGAGCACGAAGAAAGGCAGAUCAAGCUGCGCUCGCUCAAAAACAGACAGAACCUCUUCAAGCAGGAAGGCAUGCUGACUCUGGUGUCCAACUGUAUUGACCGACUGAACGUCUAUAACAGCGCCGCACAUUUUGGGGAGUGCGCGGGCUCGGAGGCUGGAGCGGCCUGGAAAGACAUUCUCAACCUGCUGUAUGAGCUGCUGGCUGCGUUAAUCCGAGGAAACCGCAACAACUGCACACAGUUCUCCAACAACCUGGACUGGCUGGUGAGCAAGCUGGAGAGACUGGAGUCUUCUUCAGGGAUUCUGGAAGUUCUGCACUGCAUUUUAAUCGAGAGCCCCGAGGCGCUCAAUAUCAUCCAGAAAGGACACAUUAAAUCCAUCAUAUCGCUGCUGUACAAGCAUGGACGCAACCACAAGAUACUAGAUGUGCUCUGUUCACUGUGUGUGUGUAAUGGCGUAGCUGUGCGAACCAAUCAGAACCUCAUCUGCGAUCACUUGCUGCCCAAGAGAGAUCUGCUGUUGCAAACCCAGCUGGUCAAUGAUGUCCAGAGCAUGAGACCGAACAUCUUCCUGGGCGUGAGUGAAGGCUCGGCUCAGUACAAGAAGUGGUACUAUGAACUCAUGAUCGACCAGGUGGACCACUUUGUGACCAGCGAGCCCUCCCACCUCAGAAUCGGCUGGGCGAACACAAAAGGCUAUGCACCCUACCCGGGAGGAGGAGAGGGCUGGGGUGGUAAUGGAGUUGGUGAUGAUCUCUACUCGUACGGCUUUGAUGGACUCCACCUCUGGUCAGGUCGUAUCCCGCGGGCGGUUGCGUCCAUGAACCAGCACAUUCUGACCUCAGAGGACGUGGUGAGCUGCUGCCUGGACCUUGGAGCCCCCAGCAUAUCCUUCAGGAUCAACGGACAGCCCGUCCAGGGCAUGUUUGAAAAUUUCAACACAGACGGACUCUUCUUCCCUGUUGUCAGUUUCUCUGCAGGUGUCAAGGUUCGUUUCCUGUUGGGCGGACGGCACGGUGACUUCAAGUUCCUGCCUCCAUCAAGCUACGCACCGUGUUAUGAGGCUCUGCUGCCAAAAGAGAAGAUGAAGGUGGAGCCGGUGAAAGAGUAUAAGAGAGAUGUGGACGGAGUUCGAGAUCUGCUGGGCACCACCCAGUUCAUGUCGCAGGCCUCCUUCAUCCCCACACCUGUGGAAACCAGCCAGAUUGUCAUGCCGCCUCAUUUGGAGAAGGUUCGGGACAAGCUGGCUGAAAAUAUCCAUGAGCUCUGGGGCAUGAAUAAGAUUGAGCUUGGCUGGUCUUAUGGCAAGAUAAGGGAUGAUAAUAAGCGGCAGCAUCCGUGCCUGGUGGAUUUCUCCAAGCUGCCGGAAACGGAAAAAAACUACAAUCUGCAGAUGUCAACGGAGACUCUGAAGACUCUGCUGGCCUUAGGCUGUCGUAUAGUUCACAUGAAUCCAAAUGCUGAGGACUCUCUCAAAAAGAUAAAGCUCCCUAAGAACUACAUGAUGUCCAAUGGUUAUAAGCCGUCCCCUCUGGACCUGUCCGAUAUCAAACUGACUCCGGGGCAGGAGCUGCUGGUGGACAAACUGGCAGAGAACGCUCACAAUGUGUGGGCCAAGGACCGGAUCAAACAGGGAUGGACAUACGGGAUUCAGCAGGAUCUUAAAAGUAAGCGUAACCCUCGCCUGGUUCCUUAUGCUCUGCUGGAUGAACGCACCAAGAAGUCGAACAGGGACAGCCUGCGGGAAGCUAUCCGCACUCUGAUUGGCUACGGGUACAACAUCGAGCCCUCGGACCAGGAAGGCGCAGGACAAGUCUCGGAGCGCCUCAGCAUUGAUAAGAUCCGCUUCUUUAGGGUAGAGAGAACGUACGCAGUGAAGACCGGGAAGUGGUACUUCGAAUUUGAGGCCGUUACCGGUGGAGACAUGAGAGUGGGCUGGGCCAGACCUGGGUGUAAGCCAGAUGUGGAGCUUGGCACAGAUGAGCUUGCGUUUGUCUUUGAUGGAUACAGGGGCCACUGCCUGAACAUGGGCAGCCGGCUGUUUGGGCGCUGUUGGCAUGCUGGGGAUGUGGUGGGCUGCAUGAUCAACAUGGAGGACAAGUCCAUGAUCUUCACUCUGAACGGGGAGAUCCUGAUCACCACCAAGGGCUCUGAACUCUGCUUCACGGACUUUGAAACUGAGGAUGGGUUUAUUCCAGUGUGUAGCCUCGGUCUGUCGCAGGUGGGUCGUAUGAACCUCGGGAAGGAUGCUAGCACCUUUAAGUACUACACCAUGUGCGGCUUGCAGGAGGGAUUCGAGCCAUUUGCCGUCAACAUGAAUCGAGAGGUCACGAUGUGGUUCAGCAAGCGUCUGCCUACUUUUGUCAACGUGCCGAAGGACCACAACCACAUUGCGGUAACCAGGAUCGACGGCACCAUCGACAGCCCUCCUUGUCUCAAAGUCACCCACAAGACGUUUGGGACACAGAACAGUAACGCAGACAUGGUGUUUUGUCGUCUGAGCAUGCCUGUGGAGUUCCACUCCGUCUUCAAGAUCAGCCCUGUGGUGGACAUGAACGGUGUUCAUGAGGAAGAAACCCUUAAAGUUAAACACAGAUAUCCACUGAGAUCUGUGAGGCACAGCGAUGAAAGUAGACGAGUGGACUACAGCAGCAUCACUACGUACUACCAUUCAGUGAGGGUCUUCGCAGGUCAGGACCCUGCCUGUGUGUGGGUUGGAUGGGUUACUCCUGACUACCAUUACUAUAGCAACAACUUCAACCUCAGCAAGAAUCGUACAGUGACUGUAACCCUGGGCGAUGAACGUGGGCGAGUCCACGAGAGCGUGAAGAGGAGCAACUGCUACAUGGUGUGGGGUGGUGAUGUCACCAGCACUUCCCACACCUCCGGUCGCAGCAAUGUGGAUCUGGAGAUCGGCUGUCUAAUAGAUUUGGCCACUGGCCUACUGACAUUCACCGUCAAUGGCAAAGAUAUCUCUACCUCCUACCAGGUGGAACCAAACACCAAGCUUUUCCCCGCUGUGUUUGUGCGACCCACCAGCCCCAGCCUCUUUCAGUUUGAACUGGCUAAAAUAAAGAACGCCAUGCCUCUGUCAUCAGCCAUCUUCAAGAGUGAGCAUAAGAACCCGGUUCCACAGUGUCCGCCCCGACUGGAUGUCCAGACCAUAAACGCCGUGCUGUGGAGCCGCAUGCCCAACAGUUUCCUCAAAGUGGAAACGGCCAGGGUUAACGAGAGGCAUGGAUGGGUGGUUCAGUGCAUGGAGCCCCUGCAGAUGUUGGCAGUGCACAUACCUGAAGAGAACAGGUGCGUUGACGUCAUGGAGCUCUCGGAGCAGGAGGACAUGAAGAAGUUCCACUAUCACACCUUGAAACUGUACUGUGCCCUCUGCGCUCUGGGAAACACUCGUGUGGCCCACGCCCUUUGCAGCCACCUGGACCAAUCACAGCUCUUGUACACCAUCGACAAUCAGUACCUGUCUGGCAUGUUACGCGAGGGCUUCUACAAUGUUCUGAUUAGCACCCACCUGGAGACAGCCAAAGAGGCACGACUCAUGAUGAAAGAUGAGUUCGUCAUUCCUGUCACGGCCGAGACACGCUCCAUUCGUCUCUUUUCUGAUGCUUCUAAAAAGCACCUCCCGCCCGGGGUGGGGCUUAGCACCUCCCUGAAACCACGCCUAAACUUUACCCCACCGUGCUUCAUCAGCACCAAACGGGAGCAUCUGUACAGUCCCCAAAUCCCACUGGAUGCACUGAAGGAGAAAGCGAUUUCGAUGUUGACAGAGGCUGUUCAAAGUGGAGGGCACCACAUCCGAGAUCCUGUCGGAGGAUGCGUGGAGCACCAGCUUGUUCCAAUCCUGAAGCUCAUUAGCACCUUGCUGACGAUGGGUGUGUUAGGAAGCGAGGACGUUCGUAAGAUUUUACUGCUCAUUGACCCGAACGUCUUCAAAGAGGCAAGAGAGGAGGGAGCCACGGGGGCCACAGACAAAGAGGGACUAACAGGGGCAGAGGAAAAGGCGGUGGAAGCUGGAGAAGAAGAGGCAAUCAAAGAGGCUCAACAGCCAAUGGAAGGACUGCUGGAGAAGAGGCUGCCAGAGCCGGUUAAACGACAGAUGUGCGAGCUGCUUCACUAUUUCUGUGACUGCGAACUGAAGCACCGUAUCGAGGCCAUUGUGUCCUUUUCUGACAGCUUCGUGUCCAAGCUGCAGUACAACCAGAAGUUCCGCUACAAUGAGCUGAUGCUGGCCCUCAAUAUGUCUGCUGCUGUUACAGCGAAGAAGACCAAAGAGUUCAGAUCACCGCCUCAAGAACAGAUCAACAUGCUGCUGAACUUCAGUAUGGGAGAGGACUGCCCGUGCCCUGCAGACAUCCAGGAGGAACUCUAUGAUUUUCAUAAUCAGCUGCAGCUCCACUGUGGAAUCCCUAUGGAGGAAGACGAAGACGAGCAGGAUACAUCGAUUAAAGGUCGCCUCCUUAUGCUGGUGAACAGGAUCAAAGGCCAGGCGCACAAAGCAGAGGAGCCCACGAGGAUGGCGCAAGCUGCACCCUCCAAUCUGAAAGAGCUUAUCUCUCAGACCAUGGUCAGCUGGUCCCAGGAGUGUCACAUCCAGGACCCUGAACUUGUUCGCAAAAUGUUCAGCCUGCUGAGGAGGCAGUACGACAGCGUUGGAGAGCUCCUCCGAGCCAUGAGGAAGACGUACACCAUCAGCGCUGCCUCGGUCCAGGACACCAUCAACCUCUUGGCCUCCCUGGGUCAGAUCAGGUCUCUGCUGUCAGUUCGAAUGGGAAAGGAGGAGGAAAAGCUCAUGAUUGAUGGACUGGGUGACAUUAUGAACAACAAGGUCUUCUACCAGCACCCGAACCUGAUGAGAAUACUGGGCAUGCACGAGACUGUCAUGGAGGUCAUGGUCAAUGUCCUCGGAGGAGACAAGUCCCAGGAAAUUGCCUUUCCCAAGAUGGUGGCCAGCUGUUGUCGCUUCCUGUGCUACUUCUGCCGGAUCAGCCGUCAGAAUCAGAAGGCCAUGUUUGACCACCUCAGUUACCUACUGGAGAACAGCAGCGUGGGCCUAGCUUCGCCAGCUAUGAGGGGCUCCACUCCGCUAGAUGUGGCUGCUUCCUCAGUGAUGGACAAUAACGGGCUGGCUCUGGCACUUGAAGAACCUGACCUGGACAAGGUGGUCACCUACUUGGCUGGCUGUGGUCUUCAGAGUUGUCCAAUGCUUCUGGCUAAAGGUUAUCCAGACAUCGGCUGGAACCCCAUUGAGGGAGAGCGCUAUCUGUCCUUCUUGCGGUUUGCUGUCUUUGUGAACGGCGAGAGUGUGGAGGAGAACUCGAGCGUUGUGGUGAAGCUGCUGAUCCGUCGUCCGGAGUGUUUCGGACCUGCUCUGAGAGGAGAGGGAGGGAACGGUCUCCUGGCUGCCAUGAAGGAAGCUAUUAAGAUCUCUGAGACGCCCGCUUUGGACCUCCCAGGCUCCGUCCAGGGAGUUAGCUCUGAUGUGUCUGGUGAUGGUGACGAUGAAGAGGAGGUGGUCCACAUGGGCAAUGCCAUCAUGUCGUUCUACUCUGCUCUCAUCGACCUGUUAGGACGGUGUGCCCCUGAGAUGCAUCUCAUCAACAAAGGGAAAGGCGAAGCUCUGCGCAUUCGUGCUAUCCUGCGCUCUCUGGUGCCUACUGAGGACCUCGUGGGAAUCAUUAGCAUACCGCUCAAAAUGCCCAUUACUAACAAAGAUGGGUCAGUGACGGAGCCGGACAUGUCGGCGAGCUUCUGUCCGGACCACAAGGCCCCCAUGGUGCUGUUUUUAGACAGAGUGUAUGGCGUGGAAGCCCAGAGCUUUCUGCUUCACCUGCUUGAAGUUGGCUUCCUCCCUGACCUGAGGGCUGCUACUUCUCUGGACACGGAGGGUCUGUGUACCACCGAGACAGCCCUGGCUAUGAACCGCUACAUCGGUUCAGCCAUGCUGCCCCUCCUCACCCGCUGCGCCCCUCUCUUCGCUGGCACCGAGCACUACGCCACCCUCAUAGACUCCACCUUGCACACCAUCUACCGCCUGUCCAAAGGCCGAUCGCUGACCAAGGCGCAGAGAGAUGCGAUAGAGGAGUGUUUGCUGUCUGUUUGCAAGCACCUUCGUCCCUCCAUGCUGCAGCAGCUCCUGCGCCGCCUCGUCUUUGAUGUGCCCUUGUUGACUGAUUACUGCAAGAUGCCUCUAAGGCUGCUAACUAACCACUACGAGCAAAACUGGAAGUACUACUGCCUCCCUUCAGGCUGGGGCAGCUUUGGAACAGCCUCUGAAGAUGAACUACUGCUUACCAAGAAGAUCUUCUGGGGAGUGUUUGACUCUUUGUCUCAGAGGAAGUACGACCCCGAGCUGUUCAAGAUGGCCAUGCCUUGUCUCAGUGCCAUAGCUGGAGCUUUGCCGCCAGACUAUGUGGAUGCCUCCAUUAGUACCACUGUGGAAAAGCCUGUUUCUGUGGAUGCUCAGGGCAACUUUGACCCCAAACCAAUCAAUACGGCUAACAUCGCUCUUCCAGAGAAACUUGAGCAUUUUGCCAACAAGUACGCCGAGCAUACCCAUGAGAAAUGGUCUGCAGAGAAGGUGCUGCUGGGGUGGAAAUAUGGAGACUGUGUUGAUGAGAAGGCGAAGACUCAUCCUCAGCUGAGGACCUACAAAGGCCUGACGGAGAAGGAGAAGGAUAUUUACAGAUGGCCUAUUAGAGAGUCCCUGAAGAGUAUGCUGGCAAUGGGGUGGAGUAUCGAUAGGACCAAAGAUGGAGAGAGCAUGUCUCAACAGAGGGAGACUGAGAAAAUGAGAAAGAUAUCUCAGGCCUCACAGGCUAACGGCUUCAAUCCGAGCCCAAUAGACACAAGCAACGUGGUUCUAUCCAGAGAGCUGCAAGGGAUGGUGGAGGUGGUGGCUGAAAAUUACCAUAACAUCUGGGCCAAGAAGAAGAAAAGUGACCUUGGAAGUCGAGGAGGGGGAACACAUCCUCUGUUGGUGCCCUACGACACGCUGACGGCCAAGGAGAAGGCCCGCGAUCGAGAGAAGGCUCAGGACCUUUUUCGCUUCCUGCUAAUCAAUGGAUAUAGCAUCACAAGAGGUCUGAAGGACUUGGAGCAGGAUUCCUCCUCCAUGGAGAAAAGGUUUGCCUACAAAUUCCUCAAGAAGCUGCUCAAAUAUGUUGACUCAGCCCAGGAAUUCAUUACCCACUUAGCCAUGGCUGUCAGUGGCAAGACAGACAGGUCACCUCAUGAGCAAGAAAUCAAGUUUUUUGCCAAAGUGCUCCUCCCUCUGAUUGACCAGUACUUUAAGAACCACUCUCUCUACUUCCUGUCCUCCCCUAAUAAGAAUCUAAGCAGCAGUGGCUAUGCCUCCAACAAGGAGAAAGAAAUGGUCACCAGCCUCUUUUGUAAACUGGCAGCUCUUGUCAGACAUAGGAUUUCUCUUUUUGGGAGUGACUCCACCACCAUGGUCAGCUGUCUGCAUAUCCUGGCACACACACUCGAUACCAGGACAGUGAUGAAGUCGGGCUCCGAGCAGGUGAGGGUGGGGCUGAGGACGUUCUUCGAGAACGGCGCAGAGGAUCUGGAGAAAACGUUCGAGAACCUGAAGCUGGGGAAGUUCACCCACUCCCGCUCGCAGAUGAAAGGAGUGUCGCAGAAUAUCAACUACACCACCGUAGCUCUGCUUCCCAUCCUAACUGCUCUGUUUGAACACAUUACUCAACACCACUUUGGAGUCGACCUGCUCCUGGAUGACGUCCAAGUGUCCUGCUAUCGAAUCCUGACCAGCCUCUAUGCUCUGGGCACUGGGAAAAACAUCUACGUAGAAAGACAGCUGCCAGCUCUCGGUCAGUGUCUGGCAACUCUGGCCGGCGCCUUGCCUGUUGCCUUCCUAGAGCCGCAGCUCAACCCGUACAACCCCUGCUCAGUUUUUAAUACGAAGAGCGCCAGAGAACGAGCCACUCUAGGAAUACAAGACUCAGUGGAAGAAAUGUGUCCUGGCAUGCCACGGCUGGACCGCCUCAUGAAGGACAUCAAUGACAUGGCAGAGUCUGGAGCGCGGUACACAGAGAUGCCCCAUGUGAUUGAGGUGGUGCUGCCCAUGCUGUGUAACUAUCUGUCCUACUGGUGGGAAAGGGGUCCUGAAAACCAGCCGGCCAGCGGAGGAAGCAUCUGCUGUACCACAGUCACCUCGGAGCACCUCAGUCUGAUUCUCGGCAACAUCCUCAAGAUCCUCAACAACAACCUGGGCAUCGAUGAGGCCUCGUGGAUGAAGAGAAUUGCAGUGUACGUACAGCCCAUCAUCAGCAAGGCCCGUGCAGACCUGCUGAAGAGCCACUUCCUGCCCACGCUGGAGAAACUAAAGAAGAAGACAGUGAAAGUGGUGGCUGAGGAAGAGCUCCUCAAGGCCGACUGUAAAGGAGACACUCAGGAGGCCGAGCUGCUCAUCCUGGACGAGUUUGCCGUACUCUGCAGGGACCUGUACGCGUUUUACCCUAUGCUCAUUCGUUAUGUGGACAACAACAGGUCAAGGUGGCUGAAAGAACCAGAUUCAGACUCCAACGACCUCUUCAGGAUGGUCGCAGAGAUAUUUAUCCUUUGGUGCAAGUCACAUAAUUUCAAAAGAGAAGAACAAAACUUUGUGGUCCAGAAUGAAAUCAACAACCUUUCAUUCUUGACUGGAGAUAAUAAAACCAAGAUGUCCAAGUCCUUUAAGGAAAAGUCUGGGGGACAAGAUCAGGAGAGGAAGCACAAGAAGCGGCGAGGUGAGUUCUACUCCAUCCAAACCUCACUGAUUGUAGCCGCCCUGAAGAAGAUGCUGCCUAUCGGUCUUAACAUGUGCACCCCGGGAGAUCAGGAGCUCAUCUCUCUGGCUAAGACACGCUACCUCAUGAAAGAUACAGAUGAUGAAGUUAAAGACCACAUUCGGCAGAACCUGCACCUUCGUGAAAAGUCUGAUGACCCUGCCGUGAGGUGGCAGCUCAACCUGUACAAGGACAUAAUGAUGAGGACUGAGGGGCUUUCAGACCCUGAGAAGGUGGUGGAUCGUAUCCAGAGGAUCUCUGCUGCCGUCUUUAACUUGGAGCAGGUGGAACAACCACUGAGAUCCAAAAAAUGUGUAUGGCAGAAGUUGCUGUCCAAGCAGAGGAAGCGCGCCGUUGUCGCCUGCUUCCGAAUGGCUCCGCUUUACAAUCUGCCGAGGCAUCGCUCUAUUAACCUCUUCCUCCUGGCCUAUCAGAGAAUAUGGAUAGAAACAGAAGAGUACUCUUUUGAAGAGAAACUAGUGCAGGACCUUGCAAAAAUACAGCCUAAAGUGGAGGAAGAGGAGGAGGAGGAGGUGAGAAAGCAGCCAGACCCUCUUCACCAGCUCAUUCUGCAUUUCAGCCAUAACGCUCUGACUGAAUGCAGUUCUCUGGAAGAGGAUCCCUUGUAUAUUGCCUAUGCAGAUAUGAUGGCAAAGAGUUGUGCUGAAGGCGAAGAAGAGGAAGGAAAAGAGAAAACAUUUGAGGAAAAGGAAAUGGAGAAGCAAAAGAUGCUGUAUCAGCAGGCCAGACUUCAUGACAGAGGGGCUGCGGAGAUGGUGCUUCAAAUGAUCAGCGCCAGCAAAGGUCGACUGGGUGCUACGGUAACUGUCACGCUCAAGCUGGGCAUCUCCAUUCUCAAUGGAGGGAACAUCCUGGUUCAACAGAAAAUGCUGGAUUAUCUCAAGGAAAAAAGAGAUGUUGGCUUCUUUAAAAGCUUGUCCGGACUCAUGAUGUCAUGCAGCGUCCUGGACUUGAAUGCUUUUGAAAGGCAAAACAAAGCUGAAGGUCUGGGUAUGGUAACUGAAGAGGGAUCAAUCAACGUGAGUGAGCGGGGUUCCAAGGUACUGCAGAAUGAUGAAUUCACUAAGGAUCUUUUUAGGUUUCUGCAGCUUCUCUGCGAGGGACAUAACAAUGAUUUUCAAAACUUCCUAAGGACGCAGACAGGGAACACAACUACAGUCAACAUAAUCAUUAGUACUGUGGACUACCUACUAAGACUGCAGGAAUCUAUUAGUGAUUUCUACUGGUACUACUCUGGCAAGGAUGUCAUUGAUGAGGCCGGUCAGAGGAACUUCUCCAGAGCACUAGCAGUGGCCAAACAGGUGUUCAACUCUUUAACAGAGUAUAUACAGGGUCCGUGUAUAGGGAAUCAGCAGAGCCUGGCUCACAGCAGGCUGUGGGAUGCUGUGGUGGGCUUCUUGCAUGUUUUUGCCAAUAUGCAGAUGAAGUUAUCUCAGGACUCCAGUCAGAUUGAAUUACUAAAGGAGCUGCUGGACCUGCAGAAGGACAUGGUCGUCAUGAUGCUCUCGCUACUUGAAGGUAAUGUUGUGAAUGGAACUAUCGGCAAACAGAUGGUGGACACCUUGGUGGAAUCUUCCAGUAACGUGGAGAUGAUCCUGAAAUUUUUCGACAUGUUCCUCAAGUUGAAGGACUUGACUACUUCGGACAGUUUCAAGGAGUACGACCCCGAGAGCAAAGGCGUCAUCUCAAAGAAGGAUUUCCAGAAGUCCAUGGAGAACCAGAAGCAGUAUUCUCAGUCUGAGAUUGAGUUUCUUCUCUCCUGCGCCGAGGCUGACGAGAACGACAUGUUCAACUACGAGCAGUUUGUGGAGAGGUUUCACGAACCGGCAAAAGACAUCGGCUUUAACGUCGCCGUGUUGCUAACCAAUCUUUCAGAGCACAUGCCUCACGAUGCCCGCCUCUCAACUUUCCUGGACCUGGCCGAAAGCGUCCUCAGCUACUUCGAGCCUUACUUGGGCCGCAUUGAGAUCAUGGGCGGAGCCAAGCGCAUCGAGAGAGUGUACUUCGAGAUCAGCGAGUCGAGUCGCACGCAAUGGGAGAAGCCUCAGGUGAAAGAGUCGAAGCGGCAGUUCAUCUUUGACGUGGUCAACGAGGGCGGAGAGAGCGAGAAGAUGGAGCUGUUUGUAAAUUUCUGCGAGGACACGAUCUUCGAGAUGCAGCUGGCCUCUCAGAUUUCAGAGCCAGACCCCGUUGAGCGCCCGGAGGAAGAAGAGGAUGACAUCCAGACCAUGAUGGAGAACCAGGAAGAGGAAGACGAGGAGAGCGCGAUGAUGGAGUCUUCCUCGGCAUUUACAAUCGCAUGCAUCUCCAUGAAAAAGAGCUUGUGUCACUUCCGCCAGCUGCUUACUCUUAAAAGCAUGCGGCGGCAAUUCAGGAAAUUCAGGAAGAUGAGUGUGAAGGAGAUGGUGCGGGGCUUCUUCUCCUUCUUUUGGAUGAUCAUCACAGGCCUCUUUCACUUUGUUUACAGCCUAAUUUGGGGAUUCUUCCACAUCUUGUGGACCACGAUGUUUGGAGGUGGCCUCGUUGAAGGGGCUAAGAACAUGAAGGUUACAGAUAUUUUGGGAAACAUGCCUGACCCCACUCAGUUCGGGAUCCAUGGAGACGUGUUAGAAACAGAAAAGAUGGAGGCAAGCGAAGCGUCAGCGUUGGCUGAGUUGGGUCAGAUGGCUCAAGGGGAAGCAGCAGAGGCAGAUCUGAUGGCUGAGCUACUCAACAUACAGCCGAAGAAGGAGGGCAAGCACGGGGCCGAGCCAGGUUUGGGGGAUGUGUCUGAGGUGGUGGUGGGAGAUGCCCCGUCAAUAGCCAGUGCAGUCAAGCAGAAGAAGGCACAGAUGGCUGCAAAGACGAGGGCUGUGAACGGAGACUACAGAUCUGAUACAGAGAAGGGAGAUUCAGAAGAUGGUGAGAAGAAGGACCACGACAAGACUAGAGACGAAGCUCCUCCAGAGCUGUCAGUGGAGGAGAAGAAAGCCCCGAAGAAAAGGCUCGGCUUGAAGAAAGAGGCACCGGAGGCUUUCAUGGCGAGCUUCUUCGCCGGCUUGGAAGUCUACCAGACUAAGAUGCUGAACUACCUGGCAAGAAAUUUCUACAAUCUCCGCUUCUUGGCACUUUUUGUUGCCUUUGCUAUCAACUUUAUUCUUCUCUUCUACAAAGUGACCGGUGAUUACUCGGAUGAUGAAGACCCCUGGAAGGGUCGAGGCAGAGCUGGGGAGGAGGAAGACGAGGGAGCGCUUGAGUAUUUCGUCUUGCAGGAGAGCACAGGUUACAUGGCACCAACACUUCGCUGUCUGGCAAUACUACACACCAUCAUAUCUUUCCUGUGUGUAGUGGGAUACUACUACCUGAAGGUGCCUUUGGUAGUGUUCAAGCGGGAGAAGGAGAUAGCAAGGAAGUUGGAGUUUGCAGGCCUCUACAUCACCGAGCAGCCGUCUGAUGACGACAUUAAAGGACAGUGGGACAGACUGGUCAUCAACACUCCCUCCUUUCCCAACAACUACUGGGAUAAAUUUGUCAAGCGCAAAGUGAUAAAAAAGUAUGGAGACCUUUACGGAGCAGAGAGGAUAGCAGAGCUGCUGGGGUUGGACAAGAGUGCCCUGGAUUUCAACCCUACAGAGGAAACCGUUGCCAAGGAGGCUUCACUGGUGUCAUGGUUGAGCUCAAUCGAUACAAAGUACCAUGUCUGGAAAAUGGGGGUUGUGUUUACAGAUAAUUCAUUCUUGUAUCUAGUUUGGUACACCACCAUGUCCAUCCUGGGUCACUACAACAACUUCUUCUUUGCCGCCCAUCUGCUGGACAUUGCCAUGGGCUUCAAGACUCUCCGCACCAUCCUUUCAUCUGUCACGCACAAUGGCAAGCAGCUGGUGCUGACAGUGGGCCUGCUAGCUGUUGUGGUCUAUCUCUACACUGUGGUGGCCUUCAACUUCUUCAGGAAGUUUUACAACAAGAGUGAGGAUGAGGAUGAGCCGGACAUGAAGUGCGACGACAUGAUGACGUGCUACCUAUUCCACAUGUAUGUUGGGGUAAGAGCAGGAGGUGGGAUAGGGGAUGAGAUCGAGGACCCAGCUGGUGACCCCUAUGAGCUCUACCGCAUCCUGUUCGACAUCACGUUCUUCUUCUUUGUUAUUGUCAUCCUCUUGGCCAUCAUCCAGGGUUUGAUCAUUGAUGCCUUUGGAGAGUUAAGAGACCAACAGGAGCAGGUCAAAGAGGACAUGGAGACCAAAUGUUUCAUCUGUGGGAUCGGGAACGAUUACUUCGACACAACCCCGCACGGCUUUGAGACCCACACCUUACAAGAGCACAAUUUGGCCAACUAUCUGUUUUUCCUGAUGUACCUCAUCAACAAGGAUGAGACAGAGCACACUGGACAGGAGUCCUACGUGUGGAAGAUGUAUCAGGAGCGCUGCUGGGACUUUUUCCCAGCUGGAGAUUGCUUCCGCAAACAGUACGAAGAUCAGCUUGGGUAGAGCAGAUGCAUCCUCCUUACCUCUAUCUACGUGGCCUGCUGGAGCAUGUAGUCCCACCUACAACUGCUGGAAUACGACACACACUCCCACACUGGUUUGGACUGGUGUGAGGAGAGGCAAAUGAAAAUGAUGUAACUGUCAGUACAGCACCCGUCUAUGAGGAAAUGACCUAUAACUUGCCCAGACAUUUAGGUUUUCUUUUGGUUUGGGGGACUCGUUUUUGACAGCGUGUUGCCUUUUACUCCACAUAACCCCAAAUCAUUGCACAAUUUUUGUUUUCUUUUGGUCUUUUUGAGAAAUAUUGGGUUGUGUGGGGUUAUGGGGACAAUGUGUGAGUCAUAUUAUGCACAAUAUAUGAAUGUUGAACUUGAGACUUAAUGCCAAAAGAAAAGCAGUGUAGUAUAGUAGAUAUACAUGGUGCGCAAAAAUGUGAUUUAAGAAAAGAUUUUUUUUCGUCAGAUGUUGUAACAUUUAUCUAUCGAGAUGGAAUCUGUAGGAUGACGUGACAAAAGGUUAAUUGUGUAGGAUUUAUUUUUAAAAAUGCCUAAAGUUCUUCAUGAAGUGCCUUACAGUACUGUAUCUACAUUACAUUGAAGCUAUGCAAAACUUUUGUUUCUUUUCUUUAUUGUAUGUAAGUACAGUAGUUUUCCUGGAGCAGUAACAAGUAGCUGUCCAGAUAUGUAGUUUGUGGCUGAACACUUUCAUUUGAACGUGGAAGAAGAGCAUUGGGACGAUUUCUUUUGUUGCUGAAUGCAGCGUAACUGCAAAUGUUCAAGAUACACAGUGUAUACAUGACACAACAGAAUUUCCUGAAGACUUUCAAACAAGAACAGAAAAAAAUGAAUUGCUAUUGUAUGGCCAUUUGUAUGUAAUAGCUUUGCUGAUCUGUGCAUUUCUUUUGAUGGAAAAAAAAUAAAGAAAUUGAUGCAAGAAACGUUUGUGUUUACAUUGUGGUUGUUUAUUUUUCAGAUCUCUGAAUUUAUUUCUUAAAGCAAUUAAAUAAAAAUAUAUCUCCAAGUCUAAG